AUGGACACCGCCAUUGAUCUUUCGAACGCCUCCAAGGCCUUGGAUCUCGCCAACAUCCGCUUCCAAUUAAUAUCUUGCGUUUGGGUUACCCCCGCAGAACGCAACUUCCGUCCAGUUGCUGACAACCUCGGGUUUGACAGCCGCCUUGAGGAUACAAUCACCUUCCACCUGAUUGAGCGGGUUCAAUUCCCGCAUAACAAGACCAUCUAUGUCCCCGGCGGUGUCUCCAUCCCCGGCAGUGAUCUGAGCUUGCUGGAUUACUUGCUGCGGGAACAGGAACGUCUGCAGUCGCGUGUUCGACGUUACGAAUCGCCCGACGAGUACGCUUUCUUCCCCGAUGUGCUCGAGAAACCUAUCUUGCAGCCGUUGGAAUACCCUAAGAUUCUGCACGACAAUGACGUGUGCGUGAACGAGACUAUCAAGCAGCGCUACGCGGAGGAGAUUAUCCCGGCUAUCUGCCCCCAGUUUGGACGGGAGGAUCGUGGCGAGGGACAAGAGAACUACGGAUCGGCUGCUACGUGCGAUGUUAACUGUUUGCAGGCGCUCUCGCGUCGCAUUCACUUUGGCAAGUUUGUGGCCGAGUCCAAGUUUCAGUCAGAGACUGAGAAGUUUGUGAAAUUGAUCAAGGCGGAGGAUCGCGAGGGGAUCGAUGCCGCCAUUACCAAUGCUGCGGUUGAGAAGAAGGUCCUGGAGAGACUGGGGUUGAAGGCCAAGACUUACGGCACUGAUCCUGCUUUCCCUGAGGAAUCGGGUCAGAAGAUCAAUGUCGAUGCGGUUGUGGCCAUGUAUAAGGAAUGCGUCAUCCCUCUGACCAAGGUGGUGGAGGUUGAAUAUCUCAUGCAGCGCUUGAAGGGAACCGAAUGGGAAUAA